AUGACAGUUAGACGAACCCAACCUAAAAAUGGCCGACGGGGACGAUAUUGUAACGGAUCAAGAAAAAGUCCGUAUAGUUACGGACUUUAUAUUGCAUUCGCCGCCCGGCGAAUUCAAUGAGGUGUUCAACGAUGUGCGAAAGUUGUUGAGUAACGAUGAUUUGUUAAAAGACGGGGCCGGCGGAGCUUUCUCACAGUACAACAAAGAUCAACUUACCCCAGUUAGGAUCGAGAACGCUGACCAUUUGGUUUUAAUAACCGAAUACAACGAUCUAGGAGGCUGCAGAUUCUUCGAUCCAAGAUCAAAACAGAGCUUCAGAUACGACCAUUUGCGCAAAGAAGCGUCCGAUUACCAGGCAUUCAGUCCGGACAGUGCGGCGGAACCUUGGCGCGCCGCACUAGAUGCCGAAUUUAUCCAUUACACAAGAAACCACUACAAAGAUGGAGUAUCCAGUGUGGUUUCAAGGAACCAGGGAGGUGUUAUAACCCUUACUGCCUGCAUUGAAGACCAUCAGUUUCAGCCGAAGAACUUCUGGAACGGCAGGUGGAGAUCGCAAUGGUCUAUUUUGAUCAAUUCUGGGGCUGCCACUGCAGAAGUCAGGGGCAUACUUAAAGUCCAGGUGCAUUAUUAUGAAGAAGGCAACGUCCAGCUGGUGAGCACGAAGGAGAUCAAGGAAUCGAUUUCUGUAACGAGUGAGGCGCAGACAGCCAAAGAGAUCGUGCAAUUAAUUGAGACAGCAGAAAACACUUAUCAAACUGCGAUUUCUGAGAAUUACCAGACCAUGUCGGACACCACUUUCAAGGCUUUGAGGAGGCUGUUGCCUGUAACUCGUACCAAAAUUGAUUGGAACAAAAUAGUAUCGUACAGUAUUGGAAAAGAAUUAAAGACUCAAUAAAUAAUUAUGAUAGAUUGUUAUCGCUUAGGAAUGUUGUGUACAUACUUAUUGCCAGGUCUUGUUAAGUUUAUGGCAGAGCAGGGGUGGCCAUUUUCGCUAGUAAAUUUGAAAUUAUCUUUUUUCUUUGCUUUGGAAUUAAAUUUGGGAAGAAUAUCUUGUUUUUCGGUACAGGGGCUGCCACUGUGCUGUUGUGACCUUUUUAUUAUCAUAAUUUAUAUAAAAUACAUAAAUACAAACUUAUUGUAAGCAUUUUACCAUGUUUUUAAUCAAACUAAAUAUAUUUUAUAUUAUUUUACAUAUUUUAAAAUUAUUUGUAGCUAAAAAAAUAAUACAAUUAAAAAUGUCUUUAAU